UCCCCAAACUUAUCUGACAAGUGUUCCUUCUGCUUUUCAAGCGCUGGGGCUGGGCAAGGCAGGUUGAGUAACUUCCUCAUCAUUCUUCCAUGUACCAGGAAUGAGAAGCAGAAUCAAAAACAUGAUUCUCUGCUCCAAAUAAGCUCACUCAGACAAAAUAUUCCCCAGCUGACAAACUCUAAGCUGCAUACACUGCAGCUCUCAUAGAAGCUAAAUAAGGUCAUGGCUUUUGAUCUUUACCCUAACGCUUUGGGCCAGCCACCCUUUUGCAUUCAAAUCCACCAUAGGGUUCUGGUAAUGCAUUAGGUGGGUUUUAAAGGAAGGAACAGUUGGCACAAGUGGUAAGCUGAGCAGACAAAGUACAAGUGGAAGGAGGGUAAAUCAUUAGCCAGAGAGACAGGCCUUGAACCAGAUCACUGCAGCAGAUGCUAAUUUAGUAAUUCCCUCCUGCUCCGAAUCGAACUUUGUUCCUGCAAUGACUGACAGCUGAUGCAACGAUAAGAGAAUGAAGUCUAUAAAAAUCUAGCUGAGGCUUGGGAAGUUCUAUUUGGGGCUCUUCUACCUCCUCCGCCCGAGGCUGGUCCCGCGGUCCAAGUGCCAGCCCACACUGGGAAGAUGCACUGUUGGAAAAUGCUGGUGGUCACCUUGCUCUGCUCACUGCUGCUCUGUCAGACACACUGUGCUUCCUUGAGCCAACCAGAGCCUCAGCUGGUGAGAGAGAGGAGGAUGACACCCUUCUGGAGAGGCGUCUCGCUGAGACCUGUUGGAGCCUCGUGCAGGGACAACAGUGAAUGCAUUACAAUGCUCUGCAGGAAGAACCGCUGCUUCCUGACAACAGCCGCUGAGUGACCCGUCCCCCUGAAGCCCACCCGGUGCUGUUAUCACUAACAGUGAAGUAUUUAUUGACCCUUCAGAAGCGAGGACAGUGGAUCCAGCAAUAAGUGUAUUUAAUGUUUCUGCCCCAGGAACUGACUAAGGACUUCAAAGAGCUUGAGAGUGUUUCCUACCCAGGGCUGUACCGCUGCAGCACACCUCAGGAUGGCUCUGGGCAAGCUCAAUAA